UUUGUCUCUCCUUCUUAAGUUAAACCAACAAAAACUCACAAUUAAAAAAAAAAGAAGUUCUCCCAUACGUGAAAAUGGAUCAAAAAUUACCAGUUAUAGGGAAAAAGUUCUGGAAAAUAGUCCGUGUGGCUUACUUCAUGUUGAGGAAAGGAUUAUCAUCAAAGAGAAAACUAAUGUUCGAUCUCAACUUAUUAAUGAAACGUGGUAAGAUUGCUGGAAAAACCGUCUUCCAAAAUCUGAUGUUCCAGGGCCAUAAUAAUAAUAAUCAUGUUCAUCAAUCAACUUCAAAAGAGUAUUACGAGUUCAGCUGCAGUAACAGCCCCGCUUUUCACCUCCCUUUCAACCUCAACAAGCGCAUUAACAAGAACAAUCACAAUGCAGUACCUGUCACUGAACACGAUGACGUUUCAAUGAUGAACGCUGCCGUUUUGAAGGCAUUAGAAAUGCUACAGAGCGAAACAGCAUCACCUGCUUUGCCUGGAUUCGGAAGGACUCCAACGGUCAGGCAAUUAAGAAUCACUGACUCGCCGUUCCCACUAAGAGAAACUGACAUGAUAGGCAACGUUGAUGAGAAAGCUGAUGAAUUCAUUUCUCGAUUUUACAGAGAUUUGAGAAGAGAAGCAUCCGCUUUUGCUUAAUGUUUUGGAGUUUUAUUUUUUUUCACUUUUCUAAUUGGGGUAUUAAUUCGGGAAAUUUUUAGAAAAAAUUGAACGUUAAGAGUUUAUAUAUGUAAUGAUAACCACCCUUCGCUACUUUGUUUCAUCAUAUGGUUAAUACAUUCAAGGUCUGAAAGUCCUAAAAUUUUG